AUGAACUCCACACUUGAAGCAUCCACAAACUCCACAGCCGUGCCACACUACAUUUUUUCAGAGAGCAAUACAGACGUGUGUGUGUACGCCAUUAAUUUCAUGUUUGGUGUACCUACACACUCCUAUAUUAUAUGGCUCAUCAUCACAGGGACAGGGAAUGGAGUUGCAUCCGAGUUCUUCAACAUCAAUCUCUCUGUUUGUGAAUUAUGUUUUUCUAUUAAUUGUUUGUUAAUAACAUUGUCACAUGUUGGUCUUAUUGGCAAUUGGUGGCAAACAUUUUUAAUUGGUAUUACCAUCACUGGUCGUCCUCUGUUUCAGUGUCUGAUGUGUGUUGAGCGUUACCUGGCAGUGGUUCAUCCUGUAACCUUUCUGAAGUACAAACCUCUCAGAUAUAGAGUGAUCUGCUGCACUGUGGCCUGGAUAAUCACUCUUGGCUCCUGUUUGUUCUGCAUGUUUAUUGUAUUCUCAUAUCAAUAUUAUGAGUUUGUCUUGUCCUUCUUGAUUCAGUUCCUCGUCUUCCUCUCCAUUCAGUUGUUUUUCCUAGUAGCUGUUCUCAGAGCUCUGAAGCAGUCAGGACCAGGAGAGAGAGGGAGAGAAAGAGAGGUGGAAAACCACAUGAAGAGAAGAGCGUUUUAUCUCAUUCUAAUAAUUACUGUAAGCAUGGUUGUCAUAUUUUUCCCAUUCAUUGUUAUCGGCUUCUUGACUAUUGGCACACGACUGAAUACUGAACAUUACAGAAGUGGUGAUCGUUGUCUGAUGUUCCGAGUGUUGGUGUUCCAGUCCUGUCUUCCUGUCUUCCUGUUCGUGUUUGCCUACACACUCCCAAGAAGUUGA